CCACCUUCUGCACUUAACAAGUCAAGCCCUCAUGCUGAGUUGCAUCACAGCUCUGCUCCCAGACGCACUCGCAAAUAAGACCAGAAUAACAUUUUCUCCGUACUGAAAUAUAAAGAAGCGAAGGUGUAACGUUUGUAAAUGACAAGAUGUUACAAUUCAGGAGAAGCGUUGAAGCCGAAAAACAUCAAUUACAGGAGCUCAACAACAGACUGGGCCAGUACCUGUCAAGAACAAUGCAAUUGGAGCAUGACAACGCAAUCCUCAUAACUGAAAUAAACAAGAUAAGACAAGAGAAGACGGUAGAAUGGGACAACCAAUGUAUGGCCGAAAUGCGGGACCUGAGGAGAAUGGCGGGGCAACUAUCUUUUGAAAAGUCCCGAGCCGAGACUGAACGAGAGAAGGUUUGGCAAGAGUUUCAGAUGUUACAGUUGAUGUGUUGUGAGGAGCAGGUAGUAUGCAAAGACAUAGGUGGAGAGCUAAAAGGUUGCGAGAAACAGCUUCAUAAAGCUCAACAGACCAAUGGGGAACUUGAAGAACGUCUGUUCCAGCUUGAGAACGAGUACAAAUUCAUUGAGGAUGCACACAGACAAGAAAUGACCAAGCUCCGGAGUCAGGUGCAUUCACGACCUAUUGUUACCCAAACCUACCAUGGUCCUUCAGCGGUCUCGAUGGAAGAGAUGCAACAUUAUGCCCUUAGCCUGUCCGAAGGAUGGACUGACACCUUAGAGGUGUAUCGAAGGAAGGUCGAAGAUAUGGAGGAAUCGAUCAACGCGGACCAGACGAGGCUGGAUGAUCUCCAAAGGGAAAAGAUGCAGUAUGCCUCAGAGUUUGACAAAUUACGUAAAGAGGUUGAAAAGCAAGGUCAGAUUCAAAUACACCUGGAGGAACAGCUCAUAUACAUGCAGGAUAACUUCCACGGGGACAUCACCCAGUAUCAGGUGAUUAUUGAUCAGUUGGAGCGGGAGCGGGAAAUGUUGGCCAACACCAUGGCAGAAAAGGUCAGAGACCACCAGCAGCUACUGCAGGUCAAGAUGGAUCUGGGCAUGGAGGUGGCUUACUACAGGGCGCUUAUUGAAGGAGAUCAUCAGCAGCAUCUGCAGUCAAGAGGAAGACUCAUAGAUAUUAAGAUGAUGCCUCCACAACAGUACAAACCAAGAGUUUUCACAUCGACCAGACAGGAUGUAAGGAAACAUCUGGAUGUGAAAUACAUGGAGCCAACCUCAAGCUUGAGAAGAUCACCUGUUCCAUCUCAGUAUGGUCGCACCAGUCCUUCCAGGGUCAUACCUAUCUCAGUCAAAGGAAGCAGCUACAACAGGAAUCAGAGUCCUACCACCAGAAGGGACAUGGUCUCAUUCACUAAAUCCCAGUCUGCAUCCUCAAGCUCUUCCUCCACUACCGUUAAACCUGUGGCCCAGAGUACGGUCAGGAAAAAUAUAGAUGCUCAGAAGAAAGUUGUGGAGGAGAGGAGUGUGAGAAUCAAAGAGGUGUCACAACACUCAGCUAAGGAUUCUCUUGACCAUUCUCGAGGCACAGCAAACACAUCCAGUCCCAUUGCCUCACCCACUGCUGACCCCAAUUCAGUAAGAAUAGUGUCACCACCAAUGAUGAGUCUUAGCAGAAACACAGAGGAGGACAGCAAAAAGACAGCAGAGAGGCAAGUUGAAAGAGAGGUGAGAGGAGAUGCAUUUGGUCUUCAGAAUGUCGAGAUGCAUGCCAAAGAUGGCAGCAUUACAGCAACCACGACAAGUGAUAAGAUGGUCCUAGACUCUGUGUCUAUGGAGGAACUAAUUGAGAAGGUCAUGAAACCUGCUGGUUUGGAUCGAAAGGUCUGCAGCUCAUCUCCAGACUCCAAGAUCACUUACCAUGUGGAGAAAACGGAGAAGGAGGACGGGUCAACAAAGACACAGAUUAUCCUGGAGUCCAAGGUGCAGGAGGAGCUGGAUAUGUCAGAGGACUUUGCACUGGAGGAACUUCUCAGCAAGGAAGUGAAACACGUGUCACUGGAGGAUAUCAAGGGCACUGCAACAGGAAACAUGAUUCAGAAUCUGCUCAGCCUUGGGCUGCAUGGAGGAGAGGACAUGGGAAACAAGACUGUCAAUGUGGAGAUCAUCGAGGAACCAGUGGAGGGUUACAGUGACGAGGAGUACGAGUUUGAGGAGAAGUCCACACCCAAGUUCUCCCAGCCCUCUUCAAUGUUCUUUCAGAUUGAAGAACUAGAGAAUGACCCUCACGGCACCAUAUACCAUGAGAGUGGGGCUGAAGUAAUGAAAACCUCCAUGACAGCAGCAAACUAUGGCAGUAAUGGUGGAUAUGUGAAGGUCCAGGAAGACUUCAGAGAUAGUGAAUCUCCAUACUACAGCCACAACCAAGAGUCUCAAGAGUAUUUUGUCUCCACACCUGAUGGAAAUCUGUCAGAGCCUGAGGAGGGUGGUGGUAUAGCAUCAUAUGGACAUGGUGAACGACCCCCCAGUGGUGGACGAAUGGUGGACGACUUUUCAGAUGAAAGGUACUACCAGGAGGAGGAAGUCUCAAAGAACCUAAUUUUUGUUGAGGAAAGCGAUAGUUACAGACCUGCAUCGGACAGCCAGUACAUGAAAGAUGACCACUCCUUGGCCCAAAAUAGUUACUCCGAGUGCAUCAUUGAAGAGGAGACCAUCCGUGUCUCCCCCACAGUGCAGGAGUCAAUGCUUGGAUAUCUGAGAGAGGAAACUUUACACCCCAAAGAGCAGCUGAGGGGAGCCUUAGAGCAGCUCCAAGGAACAGUGUCAGGGAGCCUGAAAGAAGAGUUGGCUCUCCUCACAAGACGCGGCAGUGAUAGUCCUCAGAACAUAUCUGUGGACAUAAAAAAAGUACACCAGUCCUCUGACAACGGAACCACGACUAUUGUGGCAGAGCUCAAGAGCUCAACAACUCUAGAUGACUCUGGGCAGCUGGGGGAGCAGGGGGAUGAUGUAUCUGAGGAGCAGAUCAUGGCGGCUCUAUGCGCCUCCAACCUUGGAGCAGAGGGAGGAUACACCCUGGACACAAAGGAGAUGUGCUGGGUGACUAGCAGUGAGGGACAGGGAGGAGAGUCCUCAACUGAUGUCACUGAGAAGCACAUCAACCUGAGGCAAUCGGAGAAGUCAUUCCCCUUCCAGAUGGAUGUAAAUAAUGGCCAAGGACAGGAUCCCCCACUGAAGGUCACUCAUAAGACAAGAGUUGCCACAGUCUAUCUUGAAUCUAAUGAAGAUGAGUUCUGAUUCAAAUGAGAUAUUUUAAUUAUAAUACUCCCCAUAUUAAGUCACACACCAGUCAAUCAGUUGCAACGAACUGUAACGUGAUGUUAUUCGAUGUGAUACAUAAAUUGCUAUGGCUACAAUUGUGAAAAGAUGACAAAUUAUAGCCACUGCAUAUAUAUAUAUAAUGUUUUAAUAGCAUUUGUUACCCAUUUUCAAAUGUCUCUCUGCUUCUUUUUAAGAAUAUGUUAUAUUCAUUUCCUGCUAUAUUUUUGUACUAACCUGUACCACAGAAUAGGGCUGUCUUUUUGCCUGAGAUACUAUAACCAAAUAUGGAACAAUGCUAAUAUAUCCUCCAUUGUUAUGGUUAAUGUUGCAGUUUUAAAACAUGUUCAACAUUUACAGUAUGUAUCUAGAAAACAAACAUUAUAUCUAUUGUUUCCUGUAAUGCCAUGCUAUUUGUAACCACAUUUAAAACUAGUGGUUUGUUGCUGAGGGAGUUCCUGUUGUUAAUAAGGUUGUUAAUGCUUAUUAAUUGUUAAUGCUUGUUAAUGCUAAUGAUGGCUAUAUUUGAAUGUGUUUAUGAUCGGGGACAAAAGUAUGUGUAUCAUGUCUUGUUAAAUGAAAUCUACUCACUAUUAAUCAUUUGAAUUGGAAAUAAAAAAAAAAAAAAAGCAAAUGCAAUUCUAAAUCA